AACGUAGCUCAAUGCAUUAAAAUAGUGAUAUAUAGUUUAUUAAUAAAAUAUACUUUUUAUAGGCAAGCAGAUGAAUCCAGAAUAUGGGCAACAUUCAAAUUAAUCCAGAAUAUGGGUAACAUACAAAUUAAUCCAGAAUAUGGGCAACAUAUAAAGUUUCACCUUAAACCAGAGAGCUACGAUUAAAAAAAAAAAAGAAGAAAAAAAAAGAAGAAAAAAAAAAAGAGUUCCUCCGAUUUAUAUAACUCAAAUUAUGUACGCAAAUUGUACUUGUUAAAAUUGCUUUGGCUUAUGAUAUAUCUGCUGAAUGACAAGGCUCUUAGCAUAGUCUGUAAUCCAGUCCUGGCUUCACCUUGAGACUGACACCUAGUGGAUGUUUUUAUAUUGCUCUAAAAUACAGGUGAGACGCACAAGUUUUGCAUGUCUCUUAAACACUAGGAAACUAUUUCAGCUCUUCAUUUCAGGGAAAAUGAAACCUAAGUGUAGAUAAGCCGCUGUAUGUAUCAGUCUAUCUGUUUGCAGUAAAAUGGCAGAAGCCCGUAUUUCAGUGGCUCGGGAUCAGUUCAGCUGUUCAGUCUGUCUGAAUCUACUGAAGGAUCCAGUGACCAUCUCCUGUGGACACAGUUACUGUAUGAGCUGCAUUACAGACUGCUGGAAUAAAGAUGAUCAGGAAGGAGUUUACAGCUGCCCUCAGUGCAGACAGACCUUCACUCCAAGACCUGCUUUAGGUAAAAAUACUAUGCUGGCUGAAGUGGUGGAGAAACUCAACAAGACAAAAGUCCAAACAGCUCGUCCUGCUCUCAGUUACGCUGGACCUGGAGAUGUGGAGUGUGAUGUUUGCACUGGAAGGAAACGCAAAGCUGUAAAGUCCUGUCUGAUGUGUCUGGAAUCUUACUGUCAAAGUCACUUCGAGCGACAUGAAGAAUCUCGUUCAAGGAAACGACACAAAGUGACUGAUGCCACUGGACGAAUCCAGGAGAUGAUCUGCCCUCAACAUGACAGACUUCUGGAGGUUUACUGUCGCACUGACCAAAAGUGUAUUUGUUUCAGGUGUGUGAUGGAUGAACACAAAAAUCAUGAUACUGUUUCAGCUGAAGCAGAGAGGACAGAGAAACAGAAAAAGGUUGGAGAGAUACAAGGGAAAUUCCAGCACAGAAUCCAAGAGAGACAAAAAAAGCUUCAGGAGCUCAGAGAGGCUGUGAAGACUCACAAGCGUUCUGCACAGGCAGCAGUGGAUGUCAGUGAGAGGAUCUUUACUGAACUGAUCCGCUCUAUUGAGAGAAGCCGAUCUGAGGUGACACAGAUGAUCAGAGAACAGGAAAAGGCUGAAGUGAGUCGAGCUGAAGGACUCUUGAAGAGACUGGAGCAGGAGAUUGAUGAUCUGAGCAGGAGAGAUGCUGGGCUAAAGCAGCUUUUACACACAGAUGAUCACAUACAUUUUAUACAGAUUUUCCAGACUCUCUUUGAACCUCUGGAAUCUACAGGCAUACCCAGAGUUACCAGCAGUUCUGUCCACCUUUAUAAUGAUGUGAGAAAAUCUGUCUCUCAACUGAAAGAAAAACUGGAGAUGUUCUGUAAAGAGGAGAUGGAAAAAAUAUGUGGUCAAGUAACAUACAUCAACAUUAUUCCCAGUAAUGAACCCAAGACUAGGGAGGAGUUCUUACAGUAUUCCCAUCAGCUCACUCUGGAUAGAAACACAGCGAAUAAACAUGUUCAUCUGUCUGAGGACAAAACAGUGUCUACUUACACUGACACAGAGCAGCCGUAUCCUCAUCAUCCACACAGAUUUGAUAGUUGGCCUCAGGUGUUGUGUAGAGAGAGUGUGUGUGGACGCUGUUACUGGGAGGUUGAGUGGAGUGGUGAAGUGACUAUAUCAGUGUCAUAUAAGAGCAUCAGAAGGAAGGGAAAGGGUGGAGAUUGUUCCUUUGGAUUAAAUGAUCAGUCCUGGAGAUUGUUCUGCUCUAAAUCCCGUUAUUCAUUCUGUCACAAUAAGAUAAAGACUGAUCUCCAUAUAUUCUCCAGCUCCUCUAGAAUAGGAGUGUAUGUGGAUCACAGAGCAGGAAUUCUGUCCUUCUACAGCGUCUCUGACACAAUGACCCUCAUCCACAGAGUCCAGACCACAUUCACUCAACCGCUCUAUCCUGGGUUUUGGGUAGGUCAGAACACAGCAGUGAAACUGUGUCAUGUAAGGUCAUAGGGAUUUUAUAAAUAAUGUUGUCAUAUUUGUCGACAAUGAAAUUAUUUAUUUUCUUCUCAAUUAUUUACAGUGGCAUG